UACGCAAUAAUUAAUAUUCAUGAGUUGACUGUCGCCACAGCGCGUCUCAUGGAGGACAGCGAGCUCAUAAUCCUACAAAAAGCACAUGAUGAGUUCAACAGUAAGAAUUUUAAACGAGCAGAGGAAAUAUACACACAAUUCAUCGAGUCCUGCACCACAUCCAGAGACUGUAAUGCUCAUGAUUUGGCCAUCGCCUAUAAUAAUCGAGGGCAGGUGAAGUAUCUCAGGGUGGAUUUCUAUGAAGCCAUGGAUGACUAUACUUCGGCCAUACAGAUCAACAGCCAGUUUGAAGUGCCACUAUAUAACAGAGGAUUGAUACAUUAUAGAUUAGGCUUUUUCAAGGAGGCUGAGAGUGACUUUAGGAGAGCCCUGGAGCUGAAUCCUGGUUUUAAAGAUGCUAAAGAAAGUUUGAGUCAGACACUCCUGGACAGUGAAGAAAAGUGGAACAGAGGCUACUGAUGAGAGCUAUUCAUUAAAUUUUACAUUUCUCAUCUGAACCAAGUUGUUUGAACUGUUGAGUCAACAGUGUUAUAUUGUCAUUGACAAUCAAUAGAAACUGAUGGUGCUGUCAUCAGUUUAAGUAACAUUCAA